UCCCCUGCUGGGCAACGCUGGGGCUGGUCACCCCUCAGGAGGGCUAGGCGCUGCCUAGGCAGCUCCGGCACAGAAGGUCCCUGGAGGAGAGGACGAGCUGGGGUUUCUGUCGCACACCCCGUCCCCCCAGCACAGACAACCAGGCCGGGAGCCAGGAAGCGGCUCGCACCCAGCAGAUCUCCCUGCAGUGCAGCUGUUGCUCGCAUGUGACCGGCAGCCCAGGGCUGUCCCUGCUGCACCAGGUUUGCACUUAGUCCCAGUGCCCCGAGGCGAGAGCGGGGGCGCCGGGGCGGGCUCCUGUUGCUUUCGGAUCGUUCGGUACGUGACGGCUUCUCGGAGCGGCGCCUCCCAGGCCGGAGCGGGACUACCUCCCGCCCCCGGCACAGAGUCACACACGCGGGGGGGAAGAGGAGGCGCCCCCCGAGCGCCGGCCCCUCAUGCACCGCGCCGACCUGCAGCUGCGCCCCGCAGGCAGGAGGGGGCCCCUCUCUCGGGCCCCAGGAGCAGCGCGUGUCGCAACUCCCCCUCCCCAGCCGGGGCAGCCUCCUCUGGGGAAGAUAGCAGCAGGCGGGCGGCCGCAGUGAGCAGCCACGGCGGGGCCCUCCGGCGCCCCCAGAGACCGGCACGGGGCUCAGGCACCAGCAGAAUUCCACUACUGUGCAAUGAAAGGAAUCUUCAUUCCUGGGAACUGAAACUGGUGGAUUAUUCCUGGCUUCCUUGAUGAUUAUAAAAUGGAGCCCCUAUCAUUCAAAGUUAAAAAACUUCAAGCACCCACUGAUAUCUCAGUGGAUUUUAGUCUCCAGCUUGUUGGUUCUCUGCCAGUGCAUUCUCUAAUCACCAUGCCAAUGCUGCCUUGGAUUGUGGCAGAGAUUCGGCGGCUCAGUAUGCAGUCUUCCAUGGAAGAACCUAGCACCAGCCAAAUCCGGCUUUAUGUUUCACCAGUAAGCCUGCGAUGUGAACCAGACACAGGAAAGAGCCAACAGUGGGAUCCUUUGAUUUGUUCCAGCCUGUUUGAGUAUAAGCCACAGCAUGUCCUCAAACUGAUUCACAAUAGCCAUGAUCCAAGUUACUUUGCUUGUCUGAUAAAGGAUGGAGCAGUAAAUCAGCAAAGUAUCUGUUAUGUAUUCAGAGCUGCUGAUCCAACAAAAGUGCCUGAGAUUAUUGGCUCCAUUCGACAGGCUGGAAAAAUCGCUCGCCAAGAAGAGUUCCAGAAUAAUCCAUCUGAAGUUGAAGACCCUUUUUCCAAAAAGUUUGAGGUGUUGUUCUGUGGACGAGUGACAGUAGCACACAAAAAUGCGCCCCCAGCAUUAAUAGAUGAAUGUAUAGAAAAAUUUAACCAUGUUAGUUGUACCAAAAAAUUGGAAUUUAAUUCAUUGUCCCAACAACGUGAAACUGCCAGUAAUUCUGGAGGAUUAUCAUUCAGUGAUAAAUUGCGAUCUGUUUUCCAACCCUUGGUCGGUGAAGAAGAAGAGAAAAGGCCAAUUAGGAAAUCUUAUUCUCAGCCUGGGCUGCGUUCCUUUUCUUUUAAGAGGGACUUGCAAGAUGGGAGUUGCAGGAGUAACAGUUUUGCCAGCUCUUUUGAUGAAACUGAGACUUCGCUGAACCUAAAACGUCAACUUGGCUAUGGACACAACGUUGUGCAGCCAACAGAUAUUGCAGGAAACCGGACUAUGUUGUUCACGAUUGGGCAGUCUGCAGUUUAUCUCAUCAGUCCUGACACGAAAAAAGUAGCACUUGAGAAAAGUUUCAAGGAAAUAUCCUUUUGCUCUCAGGGUAUUAGACAUGUGGAUCACUUUGGGUUCAUCUGUAGAGAGUCUUCAGGAAACGGUGGCUGCUACUUUGUCUGCUAUGUGUUUCAGUGCACAGAUGAAGCCCUGGUUGAUGAAAUCAUGAUGACUUUGAAACAGGCUUUCACUGUAGCUGCUGUGCAACAAACCUCCAAAGCUCAGCUCCAACUUUGCGAAGGAUGCCCUAUGCAAUUCCUGCAUAAACUCUGUGAAAAGAUUGAAGGACUACAUCCUUCUAAAACUAAACUAGAACUCCAGAAGCAUCUCACAACACUAAAUAACCAGGAGCAGGCUGCUCUUUUUGAGCAGGUUCAGAAAUUAAGACCAAGAAAUGAUCAGAAAGAGAAUGAGUUGAUUAUCGCUAUUCUAAGAAACAUGUAUGAAGAAAAACAGAAGGAUCAUGUUCACAUUGGGGAAGCAAAGCAGGCUUCACAGCCUUGUGGAGAGACUACUGGAAAUGAGAUGCCAAGCAGUGCUUCCAGGUUCAGACUAGAUAUGUUGAAGAGCAAAGCUAAACGGUCACUAACAGAAUCAUUAGAAAGUAUCUUGUCACGGGGUAGUAAAGCCAGAGGUUCACUAGAAAGUUCUGGAAGUGUGGAUUUGGACAGCUCCUUAUCCAGUACAUUAAGCAGCACAAGUAAAGAACCAUCUUUGUGUGAAAAAGAAGGCCCACUUCCAGAGACUCCUGCCAAGACCAAUGGAUCUGUGGGAGAUGUCUCCAGUGACCCAGUUAGUCACCCCAUCGAGCAGCCUGAUAAAUUACCUCAGCAAGGCUUUCGCCGGCGAGCAAACACAUUGAGUCACUUGCCUAUCGAAUACCAGGAAUCUUUGGAACCAGUUGAAACAUCACCAUCUGUUCCACAAAGGAAACUUAUGAGGUAUCAUUCAGUGAGCACAGAGACUCCUCACAGGCGAAAUUUGAGCACAUCUGUUGGCGAGUCUGAAAGCUGUUCUGGUCAAUCUUCAGCUCCCUCUCCUCUAGCUCGUCUUAAUCCCUCGGCCUCUUCACCCACUUUUUUAAAAUAUCUAAAGCAUAAUUCAAGCAGAGAACAAUGUGGGCAUGUUGCACAAAAGAGCAUCUCCUACCGUAUUGCCCUACGGAAAAAGCUUCAUUCUUCCUCCUCUGUGCCAAAUUUCUUAAAAUUUCUGGCUCCCGUAGAUGAAAAUAACACCUCUGACUUUAGGAGCGCAAAAAGUGACUAUGAGUCUAAACAAAGCCAGCUGGAUGUUGGCAAUGACACCCCUGUAAGGACUCGCCGGCAUUCAUGGAGACAACAGAUAUUCCUUCGAGUGGCAACUCCACAGAAAGGAUGUGAUUCUCCCAGCCGACAUGAUGAUUACUCUGAAUUGGGAGAUCUUCCACCCAGGUCCCCGUUAGAACCAGUUUGUGAAGAUGGCCCCUUUGGGCCAGUGAAAGAAGACAGGAAACGGACAACUCGGGAGCUUCGAGAACUGUGGCAGAAAGCCAUUCUUCAACAGAUACUGCUCCUCAGAAUGGAAAAAGAAAAUCAAAAGUUGCAAGCUUCUGAAAACAAUUUGCUGAACAGGCGUCUGAAACUUGAUUAUGAAGAAAUCACUCCGUGCUUGAAAGAUGUAACUUUGGUUUGGGAAAAAAUGCUGAGUACACCAGGAAGGUCAAAGUCAAAAAUUGACAUGGAAACAAUACAUUCUGCUGUUGGGCGAGGAGUACCACGUCAUCACAGGGGUGAGAUCUGGAAGUUUUUAGCAGAACAAUACCAUCUUAAACAUCAGUUUCCAAGUAAGCAGCAGCCAAAGGACACUCCCUACAAAGAACUCUUAAAACAAUUAACUUCCCAGCAACAUGCAAUACUUAUCGACCUUGGACGCACCUUUCCAACACAUCCUUAUUUCUCAGCACAACUGGGAGCUGGGCAGCUGUCACUCUACAAUAUUUUGAAGGCCUAUUCUCUUCUGGACCCGGAAGUAGGGUAUUGCCAGGGCCUUAGUUUUGUAGCAGGAGUUCUGCUGCUUCAUAUGACUGAAGAAGAUGCUUUUAAGAUGUUGAAGUUUCUUAUGUUUGACAUGGGCCUAAGGAAACAGUAUCGUCCCGACAUGACUAUUUUACAGAUCCAGAUGUAUCAACUUUCCAGACUUCUUCACGAUUACCAUAGAGAUCUCUACAAUCACUUGGAGGAGCAUGAGAUUGGCCCUAGUCUCUAUGCUGCUCCCUGGUUUCUGACCAUGUUUGCCUCUCAGUUUCCCCUGGGAUUUGUUGCCAGAGUGUUCGAUAUGCUCUUUCUUCAGGGAUCAGAGGUUAUAUUUAAAGUGGCUUUAAGCCUGUUGGGAAGUCACAAACCCUUGAUUCUGCAACAUGAGAACUUAGAAACCAUAGUGGAUUUUAUUAAAAACACUCUCCCAAACCUGGGCUUGGUACAGAUGGAAAAGACCAUUAAUCAAGUGUUUGAAAUGGAUAUCGCCAAGCAGUUGCAAGCUUACGAAGUUGAAUAUCACGUGCUUCAGGAUGAGUUGAUAGAUUCGUCUCUCAAUGACAAUCAGAGAAUGGAUAAGUUGGAAAAGGCAAACACUAGUUUGAGAAAACAGAACUUUGAUCUACUGGAGGAGUUGCAGGUGGCAAAUGGAAAGAUCCAAAACCUAGAAGCUACAGUAGAAUUUUUACUGAACAACGAGAGCAAAUUGAAGCAAUCCAUUCUCACUUUAGAGCUGGAGAGGAAAGCUUUGCUGCAGACAGUGGAAGAUCUACGCACGCAGACAGGCAGCCCAGGUGGAAAACAUCUACUUACCAGGCAAGAGUGCAUGGAUGCCAACUGACAGCUGCAAUUGUAAUGGAGCAGACAAGUUCCACAAAGAGAAAGGGAAGAACUGUUUUUUACUGUCAUCAUUGGGAUUUGACACUGUCUUCUUAGCAUUGUCCAUGCCUUACUGUAGCCGAGUGAGGGAAUGGGAGUGUCUGCAAAAAUAUGAGAAGCACGUUUCUCAGGGAGGAGAGACUCUUGCUUGUUAACUUAUAGAAUUCUUGUAAACUAUAAAAUAUGCAAUAUAAUGAUGGGCAGGAAUAAAUAACUAAAUAACAUAUGUACACUCCAGAUACAAUGUACUGUAAAUAUCUGCGGUCAUGGACUCUUCCAUAAGUGCUUCUAAACCUAAGUGCUUCAUAUUGGUUACGUGUGUUCCUUUUUCUAUUAGAAAACUCCACGUUUAAUAGGUGUCCUGUAAAAGGCUGGAGAAUUACAUCAGUGAAGAGCUUUUGAACUGACUCUGUCUUUUUGGGACUACAAAGUAUUAGCAUUCACGGAUAGGUUUGCGAUCAUACUCGAUAGAUUCUGAGGGUGUAAUUCUCCUGUGGCUUGGCUGGGUUCCACUAAUCAUGUUAUUAAGGCCCCUGAUAACUGCUUUGUGUGCUUAAAGGUGUUAACUUAGUGGACCCUGGAGAGCUGGACUUGGUUGUACGUAACUAUAAUUGUGAAGCAUUUUGCCAUCAGUCUUUAUAAAACAUACUGUUUUAAUACGUUUUGUUUUGACAUCCAUUGUUUUAGUACUGUUGAUGGACAUGAUCUGAUAAAUGUACCAUUGAAGGUAACUGCAUUUUACUUUUUCAACAGAAUACACUGACAUUGUCAUGGCGGAGUCUGUCACUCUCACAGCAUUGUAGUGGAUUUAUCAUCAUGCCUAAAGGCGUCAUUUUAUUUAUUUCUGAUCUGCUGUGUGAUGUCAGCCUCUUUCGGGGAACUGAAUGCCUGCUGAUUUUUAGUUUAGUUUGGUACUCGGUGCCCAUCCACCCUUUGGAGAAGAACAAUAUUUAAGACUCUUUCUCUGAAAUGGUGGAGGCACUUCAAAGCUUGAUUUUGUGCCAGACAUACUUACACUGCUUUAUAAAGGAUAUUGGGCUAAAGUAUGAAUUAGGACCACGGCCUAUUUACAAUGCCUCUUUUGAGGAAGAUUACACAUUUUAAAAAGCUCACUUUUCUGGAAAAGACAAUGAAAGUAGUUUUCCGGCCAGUUAAAGCACCACUGUUUCAACUACAGGUGCAAUAAUAUCCAAGGAGAUCCAGUUAACUUGGUGUUUAAUUAGACCAAAUAGUAUCACAAAUUUGUUCUUCCCCAAACUCAGUGUUACAGGUAUCAACUUGUUGCUAUAGUGGAGAUUAGUAUUUCAGAUGUGAGUUUCCUAAAUUGUCAAUUUCUUAUUCUUAAAAUUUUAGGGCACAUUUAUUUCUCUAAUCCACAAUGUGGUGGAAGAUCUUUUACUUCAUGCAUGUUUCUCUAUGGUACAUUCUGCUUACAGCUGUAAUGUGCAUUCUGGUGCGAAUCCAAUACUAGCAUGUGGAUUAAAGUGGAGAAUUUGCUCUUUAAUUUCCAAAUUACAGAUUGAUUCUUGUAAUUUCUUAGAUGUGGCUGGUUCUCCAAAUCCACAUUGUUUGCUUAGAGUCUAAAUUCCAUACAAGCCAGACAUUACAAAUCUGUUUACCUCUUGUGUUGUUGUUUUUUUGAAUUGAGAAACCAUACAGAAGCUCACACUUCACAUUUUAAAAUCUCUUUACAUCGUACCCUUUUACAGUUUGAGGGCUAAGUUAUGUUGCAUUUGGACAUCUAGGGGCCAUUACUCAUACACUGGCUUUUUACAUUAAACAAAAGAGCAACAGAGAAAAGUUAGUGAUCCAUGCCAAAAUUUGUUUGCAUGUUUUGUUGCAUCUAAGAACAAAAACAAAGUUUUCUGUGUGAUAGUUCAGAAGCUAAUAUGUUAAGAGUUUCCCUGAGAUCACAGUAUCAUUUUUAAAUAGUUAUUAAUGAAAACUGAUGGACAUCAAACUUUUUUAGACACACUAAGAACCCCAGUUGUGAACUUGGACCUGCGUCUGUAUCUCUUGGCUCAGGAUGUAUAUUUUUGGUAUGACUCAAAUUGUGCAGUAAUUUGGCUCAUGUUCUGCUUCUCUCCCAGUGUAAGUGGAGGAAAGCCUCUGGCCCAACGACUUUUUCAAGAAUUUAUUUUCCUUCAGACAAUAUGAUGCUGAGUUGAAAGGGGUCUAGAACAACUGUUCCCAGAGGAGAGUGUGGUUAGUAGGUAGGCAUCCAUUUUCAGUCUCAAGUGUCCACAUGUUUGUGACAGUUUGAUUUUGCCAAGAAGCAGAGCUUUCCAGGGUGAAACCUGUCCAUGUACAAAUGCACCAGAUUUUGCUAAAGUGGCAAAUAGCAUACCUGACUGACACACUGAGGCCCAGGCCAUCCCCAGCACAGGAUCUGAGCAUUAAUGGGACAACUGCAUUAGGAUCUCCCUUGCUUACAUGGAAUCAGAUGAGCGUGCUGUUUCUGUGGGAUCAUUUUCCUGCCUCUUCUGCCCUGUGCCACUAGAUCUCAAGGGGGGGCAGGAAGGAAGAACAUGGAGUAAAGGAGGUGCCCUGCUCCAAGUCACCAACCCUUGCAAAGCCCAGGCGUUUCCAUGCAGAAAUGAGAGAGAAGUAAUACAGCUUGGUGCUGUAUGACACCCCUGACACACACCUUCAGGUCCCCUCUGCUUCUGGGGACUCUACCAAUAGCAGUAUAGUUCUGUGUUGCCAGGUGAAGAGGAUCCUGAACUAUCCCCACAGGCUGGUUGCUGUAUCAGAACAGAAGGCAUCUCCCUUACCUGUAGUUAAGAGAUACUAGCGAGUUGGAAACCCAUAAAUCCAUGUCCUAGCCUCCAAAAGGGAAAACUCCUCCCUCCCGAGGGAACAGUCUGAGGAAAGCUGCAAGUUGAAGCUCACAGAAUUUUCUCCCCCUUGCCUCUCCCACAGGUGAUUAGUCUCUUCCCUCCCCCCCCCACCCCGAUGGUGCACAGAAAAGGGGGAGAAAAAAGAAAGGGGGAAAAAGAGAGCGACUUCCGAGGAUUCCCCAGGAGAUGGUCCCAAGAGUUCAUUUUCAUGCACAACUUGCGCCUUACGGGAUGCUCUGCUGUGCUCGUUCUGUGACUAAUAUAAGGGUGCUGAUGACGCACACUAGCGUACCAGCUCAGAGAUGCACUGUGAACAGGAGAGGGUGUCAGCUAGUGCAGAAGAGAGACUUGGCCUGUAAUGUGGCUAAUCAUGCCGUCUGUGACAAGAAAGAAUCUGCUCCACUAGUGCUUUGCAGUCAACAGUGCCCCGUGGACUGCGGAGCUGGUCUGGCAGGUGGAAUGCCACCCUGCAAUAGCAGGCUUUCUUUUCCUUGUCCAGCAUCUGAGAACAUGCCGCUGCCCUCAUUGCUGGCUCGUUGGCAUGUCAAUACCUUGGCCCAUUUAUUUUUAAGAGAUGAUUAUAUAGAACCUGAGAAUAAUGACACAGCGCCCAUCAUCUGAGGAGGUCGAUGCACUUUACAAAGGUGGGUAAGCAUUAUGAUUCCCCUUUAAUACAGAGUGAGGAAGUGAGUCAAAAAGGAGUUGAGAGACUUGUCACAGGUUGCACAAUGUGUUAGUGGUAGCUGGCACUAAAAUCCAGGUCUUCUGAGUCCCAGACCUGCGCUCUCAAACACUAAAUAAUUCUGCCCCUCGUUGGUUACUGCAAAAUCUCUGGCUUUCUCUGAUGUUACUGUAUCAGAGGGGUAGCUGUGUUAGUCUGGAUCUGUAAAAAGCAACAGAGGGUCCUGUGGCACCUUUAAGACUAACAGAUGUAUUGGAGCAUAAGCUUUCAUGGGUGAAUGCCCACUUCGUCGGAUGCAUGUAAUGGAAAUUUCCAGAGGCAGGUAUAAAUAUGCUGGCAAGAAUCAUUCUGGAGAUAACGAGGUUAGUUCAAUCAGGGAGGGUGGGGUCCUCUGCUAGUAGUUGAAGUGUGAUGUUAGUAUGGUCUUCAGAGCCAUGACGUUUUCUUUUCACUUUCAAUUCCCCUUUUUCCUCCCCCUCCCCCCUCCAAAAUGAGAGUGCUUCCUCACGCUUUCAAAGGAGGUGGAUAAACCUUAGGCCAGAUUCUGUACUGCAACUCUCAGGAGAGACAACACGGGAAGGCAGAGGGGAUCGAUGGUGGCUUCAGCCUAACUUUGUGGCUCUCAGAUUCUAGCACUAAUUAGAGCAGUGUCCUGGGGCUGGUCUGACUACUAACAGCUUCCUCAGACUUUCUAAUCCGCUAUUCUGCAGCCCAGAAUGUCCAGAGGACACAGAGCUGCAGCAGUGUAAAAAGCAGAGCAUGGGCAGAGCACGAACUGGCUUGAUCCAAUGACUGUAAUUACACUCUUCUCCCAUUGAUCUCACACCCACACACCUCAGAGCCUGAUGGGCAGGUGUAGUUCAGCUGGGAAGCUUGGCUCAUGGAAAAGAAUGGGAGCCUGAGGCACCAUGAAUGUAUUUUCAUAUUGGAGGUUUUGGGUCUUUGGUUUUUCAACACAAAUUGAAAUUUUCCAUGGAAACCUAACACUUCACAUUAAGCAUUUCAUUUAGUCAAAACCCAAUUUUCUGUCCAAAACCAGGUUUGAUGGAAAAUUUCUGACCCACCCUACUUAAUAUGCUACAUUAAUGUAUGUGUCCCCAUCUCUGAGACGCAUGUAGAUAUUACGGAAUUGCUGGAGCAAUUUUUUAAAAAAAUUCUGCCCUCUUACAAUUGCAGAAUUUGAAUAUUGAACUAAAGUGUUAUUUGUUUACUGUAGUGAAAAUUAAGCUCUGUUUGUUUCAACAGUGCUUGCUGUAUGGGGGCAUCUUGUGUUGGGCUGUGGGACUCAUUUGAAAAUGGGUAUAUUGACAAAAAGAGUAUACCUUUAUUUGGGUGGUUUGGCCACUUUCCCUUUCUUGGAGCAGAUUAAUAUUUGUUAAAUUGGUUCCUUUUCCCAAGCUAUUGAGAGGUGAAGUAAAGAAGCCUUUGGAAAUGCACAGCAACAAGAGUUUUGGACCUAAAAGACCUGGGAAGUGUGCUGUGUAUUCCUGAGUGCUAUCUACUGGUAUUUUAUCAACUAACUCUUAACAGAUGUACAGACAUCUCUUUUAUAGAGCACUCCUAUAACACAGACAAGGUGGUCUGGUGUCAGGGGGCAGAGAUGCGAUGGCCAGCAAAUCCUUUUGGCCUGAGGGUGAGAGAUUCUGUCAGUUUUUGCUAGUCAUUCGGAAUCAAUUGUUAGGUCUGGGCUAGAGAGCAGGGAUGAGAGCAAGUUCCACAAAAGGACAUAGAAUUUCGUAGAAUCCUAUUGCUCUCAUUGGUCAGAGGAAAGAAUGGGGUAGAAGUGUGAGUUCCUUUGGGCAGGGGAGAGCAUCUGGGGAGGUUGGGGCCCUACAAUGAUUUGCGUAUUGUAUUUGAAUAUUAAUGAGAACCCAGCAUGGGCAUUCUUUUAUGUUGCGUUCAAAUAAACAUCCAUUAAUUAAUAGAAAUUCUGUAGCUGGCUCGCGGGAGAAGAAUAAGCCACGUUUUGACUUUAUAUGCAUACACCUUUCCCAUUCUUUUCAGUGCACGUAUCAUGUCUAUUUGAAGACAAUUUCACCCUUACUAUGGAAUAAGAACAACAAAUCUGUCAAGUUUUAAGGCUACCCAGUAAUGGUCUCCACAUUCAACCUUAACAAUUACACAUUUCUCCCCUUGAAUUUAAGAAACUUAAGACCAUUCCUGCGAGCCUUACAUAUGUGAGCAGUCUCUGGGCAGUACAGGUCUGUCGCAUCUUACGCACAUUUAACAUGCGCGAUUUCAACUUUACGCGGUCGGCAAAAACAAAAAAGAAAAAAACAACAAUUUUAAUACUAUAUCUGUAGUGCGGGCGAUUUCGCCCACCAUUGAACUCAAUGGGGUUUUGGCUAUACGCGGUUUUCACUUUACGCGUUAACCGCGGAACGGAACCCCCGCGUAAGAUGAGACAGACCUGUAUCAUUGCGAGUGACAGGAGUGAAGCUUUGCAUGAUCAUAUCCUGAACUUUAUUCCUGGUUUCUAGCUGUGUAAAUGAUUUCCAUAUAUAUUUUGUGUGUAUACAACAUAUAAAUGAUUUGUAUUUUUAUAUCAGUGAACUUAAGUUUGCACAUUGCAGUUUUUACCCAGUAAAUUUAAUUUUUGAAUGUUAA